ACGCGUGACCCCGCCUCUCCGCUUCCUGCGCGCGCUGCGCCGCUUCUCCCGUAAAGGUUUUCUUCUUUUUUGCCCCCACGUACCGCCUUCCAAACUCGCGUGCGUCAUUACCGGGGGGAGCAGCCGGCCGGUGGGAGAUCGUAAUCACGGUCGAGGGGGAAGAGGAAGAGGAAGAGGAUGUGCCGACUUUCCAGGGCUGGCGGCACCGUCAACGUCAGCUUCACCAUGGCAACCCGGUGCUGGUUUUUGCCCCCUGCCCUUUGACGUGUUGAAGAUGGCGACCCACAGGAGGCACCUGGUGAGGGACUUUACCCGCUACAUCACGUGCUCAGUGUGUCGGGGCUACCUGAUCAAACCCACCGCCGUCACCGAGUGCCUCCACACCUUCUGUAAGAGCUGCAUAGUCCAACACUUUGAGGAGAGUAACGAGUGUCCUGAGUGCGGCAUUCAAGUCCACGAAACCAAUCCUCUGGAGAUGCUGAGGUUGGAUAAAACGUUGGAGGAAAUCAUAUUCAAGCUGGUGCCUGGUCUAAGAGAGUGAGAGGAACAACAAGAAAUGGAUUUCUGGAGGAAAACAAAAUCAAGAGCAAAUGGGGAAGAAGGCCCGAGGUCUAAAAGGUCUCGUUUGAGUGAGGAAGAGGAGGCCCCAGAGGAAGGUGAAGAAGGUGAUUAUCACCGGAAUGACCCACAGAUCGCCAUCUGCCUCGACUGCCUGAGGAGCAACAGCCAAUCAGGAGAGAGCACAAUGAAGGGGCUGAUGAAGAAGUUUAUACGCUGCUCCACUCGUGUCACCGUCGGCACCAUUAAGAAAUUUCUUUGUGUGAAGCUCAAGUUACCAAGCUCUUGUGAGUUGGACGUGUUGUGUAACGGGGAGAUCAUGGGGAAGGACCACACCCUGGAAUUCAUUUACCGAACCCGCUGGAGACUGCAGGGCGACACAGAGUUUCCCAUGGUUCUCGAGUAUCGCCCGCGCAUCGACUUCGGAUAAACCUAUAACCAGGUCAGGAAGAGGAAGAGAGGAGGAGAAAAAGGACUAACAAUACCACUUCACUUCUUUCAUUCAUUCAAGUUACAUCUAUCAUUCAUCCUUGAGUGACGAGUCCUGGCUCCGCCCCCUGUGACACUCACAUAUGAGCCUUUCUUCAUGGAUGAAAAAACAUAAAGCACUUCAGAAAUGCACUACUGCCAAGAUGGGGAAGAAAGAGAGAGUGUGUGUGUGUGUGUGUGUGUGUGUGUGUGUGUGUGUGUGUGUGUGUGUGUGAAAGAGAAAGACACCGGUGUCUUCUGCUUUUUCAAUUUUUUUUUAUUCCUGGAGAAAAGAAUUGGUAAUUUCAAUGAACAAACGUGUCUAUUGUGUACACACACACACACACACACACACACACACACACACACACUCACACACACACACUCUCACA